GCGAUCUGGUGCGCGCGCACGCGACGCUUCGACGCACCAGAUCGUUUCUCUAUCCUUUUUUAUUAUUUAUUUAUUUCUUUGUGAAACCGGUGAUGGUGGGAUUAGGAGCGAAAUGUGGGUUGGGAAACGGAUUUUAAACUAGACGUGAUCACACAAAUUACAGAGCAGAUACAAGCAACAACAACAAAACAAACGGUUUACGCCGCAGCGCGAGACACGGAGAUCCACUGCUCCACUAAUGAUGUCAUCGUAUUAUCAUCCGGGGAAGGACGCGGACAUGGCGGAACCGCUGUGCCUGGAGAGAGAUGUAUGCAGGGUAAUUGAGUUGCUGGACCGGCUGCAGAGGAGCGGCGAGCUUCCUCCCCCCAAGCUGCAGGCGCUGCAGAGGGUGCUCCAGAGCAAAUUCUGCGCCGCCAUCCGAGAGGUGUAUGAACAGCUCUAUGACACACUGGAUAUCGUAGGAGGACCCGAGGUGCGAGCUCAGGCCACAGCUAAAGCGACCGUCGCCGCCUUUGCUGCGAGCGAAGGCCACGCCCACCCACGCGUCGUUGAGCUUCCUAAGACGGAGGAAGGGCUGGGCUUCAACAUCAUGGGGGGAAAGGAGCAGAACUCACCCAUCUACAUCUCCAGGGUGAUUCCAGGGGGCGUGGCCGACCGACAGGGCGGAUUGAAGAGGGGAGACCAGCUGCUUUCUGUCAAUGGAGUGAACGUAGAAGGUGAGCACCAUGAGAAGGCCGUGGAGCUGCUGAAGGCGGCGCAGGGUUCUGUCAAGCUGGUGGUGCGCUACACCCCGAAAGUCCUGGAGGAGAUGGAGGCUCGCUUCGAGAAGCUGCGCAGCGCCCGGCGACGCCAGCAACACACCAGCCACUCAUCUUUAGAGUCUCGGGGUUAACCGAUCCCAGGCACCGGUCAACCUGUUGACCACGCCCAUUCCUCAGUCCUCCAAUGGGAAGACCGAAGACUAGCACUGCUGAGGAGACGACCGAAGACUCGCUUUAGAUACAUGUAUGUUAGUGGAACAUUCCUGAAACUGUAGACCUCAAAUAUACUCUUUACACCAUCCAUCUGUCAGGAGAGACUGAAGAGAGUAUCCAGCUUCUUUAUUUUUCCUUUUGUGUGUGUGUGUGUGUGUGUGUGUGUGUGUAAAAUACACUGUUGUAUAUUCAGUAAUGCCAUUAAAGAUACAGAGACCAACUAUAGCAAGGAGAGCAUCUUCACAGAUCAGACGCUUGCAGUCGUGCUCUUCCAAGGGCUGUGUGUGUGUGUGUGCUUGCGUGUGUGUGUGUGUGUGUGUGUGUGUACGUGUACAUGACAUUAUGCUGCAUUACAGGUGUAGAUGACCAUGAUGGGGUAAAAGCUCUUCCUGACCUCACACUGCUCCGACUUCUACAGCUUUUCCUCAUGCCCAAAGAGUUUGUCUUAAUCCUCUGAUGAAGUAACUCUGUGUCUGAAUGUGUGUGUGUGUGUGUGUGUGUGGAAACAUAUUGUGGCUCUCUGUCAGACCCCGUUGCAUUAUCCCGCUGUUCUGUGUGGAUUUGCUGCUAGUUAAUGCCUGUUUACAUUUUUCGUGACCCUCUUCCUAAUUUAAUUUAAUUUAAUUUAAUUUAUUCACUCAUUCCUACAAUAAAAUCUGUCAUGUUAUGGAACACA